AUGGUCAAAGUAGAAUUUCCAAAUGAAGAAUUAUCAAAAUAUGAUAUCCAAAAAUGGUUAAAAUCAUACAAGAUUGCCUAUUCACCAUUCAUGAAGAAGGAAGAAUUAUUAGAAGUGGUUAAAUCAAACAGGAAAAUUGUUAUCAACAUCGAAAAAGAAAAAAAAAAGCAAUUAAAAUCCGAAGAGUCAGGAUCAACAUCAACCUCAACUUCAAUAUCAGUUACAACAUCACCUUAUAAAACUAAAUCAUUAGAAUCUCCAUUUAAAAAAUUUAAUUUAAAAAAUAAUUUAUCAAAUCAAAUUGAUGAAAAAUCACAACAACAAUUACAAAUGGAUUUACAAUUAAAUGGUAAUGACAGCGAGGAGCUUGAAAAGUUAUAUCCAAAUUUAAAGAGACAUGACAAGGCAAUCAGCAACCAAAAAGUAAUUAAUGACCUUCACAAUGAUGGUACCAGAUUGUAUGUUUUCUUAUCAUCAACAUUCAAAGAUAUGUCAGGUGAAAGAGACCAUUUAAUCAAAGUUGUUUUCCCAGCAUUGAACGUCAAAGCAAAGGAAAAGAAUCUUACCAUUGUUCCAAUUGAUUUAAGAUGGGGUUUAACAAAAGAUGAAACUAAUCUUCAAGGUCAAAUUGAGCUAUGCUUAAAACAAAUCGACAAAUGUCCAAUUAUGGUUACUAUGCUCGGUUCAAGAUUUGGUUGGGUCGCUGAGGAAUACAAAGUAUCAAACAAUAACGAUGAACAAGCUAAAUGGUUACAAUCUAUGCCACCAGGGCACUCAAUUACAUCUCUCGAGGUACAGUACUCUUUAAUUAACUCUAAACAUUGUAUUGGUACAUUUAGAGAUCCAUCAUUCCAAUCUACUGUUCCAUUGCAACACCAAUCAUCUUUUCAAGUUGAAAAUUCAGAAUCAGAAAUUCUUUUGAAUCAAUUAAAACAAAAACUAAUCGAUAGCGAUAAUUGCAAUGUUUUAGAAAAUUAUCCAUGCAAGUUUGGUGGUGUUGAUAAGGAUGGUAAAGUUUUUGUUAAUCAACUAGAAGUAUUUGGUAAUUAUGUUUUCAACAAAAUUUGGGAAAUUGUUCAAGUAGAGUUUUCAAGUCCAAUCAAAUCAUUAGAAUUUAUCGAAAUUGAAAAUCAGUAUCAUAAAGAUAUUUUAGAAAUUAAAUCAAAUAAUUUUUAUGGUAGAGAACUAAUUCAAAAGAAAAUUAAUGAUACCUUACAAGAAAAACAAACCAAUAAUUUAAUUUCAAUUAUUUAUGGUGAUGCAGGUUCUGGUAAAACUUCAACAUUAUCAAACUUAGCUAAAAACUAUUUAAAGGAUCCACAGUUAUCAAAACAUUGGAAGGUUUUAUAUCAUUUUAUUGGUUGCUCAAUCGAUUCAACUGCAAGUCAAAAUAUUUUAUAUCGUUUUUCAAAUGAAUUAAACAUUGAAUUUAAACUAGGCUUUGAAGUAGUUGCACAAAACCCAGAAAAGCUCAGAAAUGAUUUCCCAGAUAUUUUAAAGAAAGCCUCAAAGCACAAAAAGAUUUUAAUUGUAAUUGAUGAUUUAGACCAAAUGGCAACUUUAAAUCAAGAUCAUCAAAUGGAUUGGUUACCAGAUAAUAGCGACUUAAAUUCCAAUAUUAGAGUAUUACUUUCUUGUCACCAUGGUAAGGAUUGUUGGGAGUAUUUACAUUUACGUCCAGUAAUCCCACAAACCUUCUCUCUUAGUCCAUUAGAAACCAAUGAAAAAAUCUUGAUUACAACAAAUACUCUCGAAAAAUUCUCAAAGAAAUUAGAACCAAAAUUAUUAGACAAAUUAAUCACCAAAUCACAUGCAAAGUAUCCAUUAUUCAUUCAAUUAGCCUGUGAAGAGUUAAGAGUAUUUGGUUCUUUUGAAAAACUUACACAAUUUGUACAAAAGGGUAUUCCAGAGACCAUCAAUCAGUUAUUGUUAAAUAUGAUAUCACGUUUAGAAGAAGAUUUGGGUAAAGAGCUUAUUAAAAAGACCUUGUGUUUCAUUGCUCUCUCAAGAUUCGGUUUAUCUGAGCAAGAGUUAUUAGAUCUAUUAAAAGAUAAAAAGCAACAAACCACAUUACCAUUUUAUGUUUGGGCUCCAUUAUUAAACUCCAUUUCACCAUUAUUAAGUGGUGGUGAUCAUUCAGUUAGAAUUUCAUUCUUCCACAGUACAAUCUCUUCAGUAAUUAUCAACAAAUACUUACCAACUGAAAAAAGUCAAAUCAAUUUCCAAAUCAUCUUGGCAGACUAUUAUUCAUCACAAGCUGAUCCAACUGGAAACAAGACAUGGGCUGGUACAAACUUGAAGGCACUCAAAGAGUUACCAUACCAUCUCCAAAAAUCCAAGCGUUGGGAUCUCUUGUCACAAUUGUUUAUGGAUUUGAAAUUCAUCCAAACCAAAGUUCAAUUGGGUCUAAGUGAUAGUUUAGUCGAAAACUAUAUUGAUUGUCUUGAAGAAAUCAACAGUCCAAGCUUAUCAGGUGAGCGUUGGGUCGGUGCAAAUUUCUCAUCAGUAAAUAAUUUUUCAGAUUUCUCUAGUUUUGUUCAAUAUCAAAUCCAUAACUUAAAACGUUUCCCAGCCAUUACCAGUCAACAAGCUUACAAUUUACCAGAUGGUUCCAUUUGUCACCAAUACUCCUCAAAGCUUUUAGACCAAGAAAAGAGACCAUUCUUUAAAUGGUUAAAUAAAUUACAAUUAAGUGACUACAUUAUCAGUACAUUAGCAGGCCAUAAAGAUUUCAUCCGUUGCGUAUUGUAUCGUGACGACGGUAAAUUAAUUGCAUCAUGCUCUGAUGAUACCACCAUUAGAAUCUGGAGUGGUGAAACUGGCUCUUUAAUGAGAGUUUUCCCACAAGAACAUAACGAUAAGGUUACCCAACUAAUCUGGAGAGGCAAUCAUCUCAUUACAGUCGGUAGAGAUAAAAAGAUUAUUAUGUGGGAUGAAUAUGGUAAAAUUGUAUUAAACAUUAGCGACUUGGGCGGAAACCAUAUCUCUGCUAUCUGGGGUGUUACUGUCAGUGGGGAUAAUCGUCGUUGUGUUACUGCCUCAUGGGAUCACUCUUGCAUCGUUUGGGAUUUAGAAAACAAAACAAAACUUUUCGAUCUCAAAGACCACAAGAAUAAAGUAUCAGCAUGUUGUUAUUCACAUAAUAACCGUUGGAUUGCUACCGGUUGCUGGGAUGGUAAUUUAAUCAUUUGGGAUGCUAAAAAUGGUACACCAAUUAAAACCAUUAAGAUAAGUAAUUUUACAAUUUUAUUCAUCCAUUUCUCACCAGAUGAUUCAAUGUUAUCAGUUAGUUCAGUCGAUACCUUCACACACGUAUUUAAUACUAGUAAGUGGGAAAAGAUUGCAAAAUUAGAAGGCCACGUCGAAGCUGUAAUUUCAUCACGUUUCUCUUAUGAUAAUCAAUACAUAGUAUCAUGUUCUGAUGAUAAGACCAUUAGAGUUUUCGAAACUAAAGAUUGGAGUCAAGUAUCUUUAAUGACAGGUCACUCUGGUAGAAUUAUUUCAUGUGCAUUCCAUCCAAAUAGUAGUAAACUUCGUAUUAUUACUGGUGCCACCGAUAAGUUUAUUAAAAUUUGGGAUCCAAAGAUUGGUCAAAAAACAAACUCAUCCAUUCAAGGUCACAAGAAAUCAACAUUACAUUUGCAGUAUUUCAAAGAAAAAGAUAUUUUAUUAUCUUGCUCAGAAGAUCAAACAUUUGCUGUAUGGAGCGAUUUUUCAAAGAAUGAUUUAUUACAACCUUCUAAAAUAUUCAAAAUUCAUAUCCGUAAAUUCCAUUUCUAUGAAAAUAAUCUCAUCUUUUUAACCAACUCAAAUGAUAUUUAUCAUCUUAGUAACUUUGAUCAAUUCUUUGACGGAAGAUUCGAUGGAAACCAUGGAUUCCAAAGAGGAAGCAAACAACAAGAUCAACAUAGCGAACAAAUUACCAACUUUUCAGUCAAUCCAAGUAAUAAUGGUGAUAUAGCAAUUACAACAAAAGGUGGCAAAUUAAUAAUUUAUAAUUUUAUCGAAAGAAAAGAAUUAUUUAAUGAACGUUUGGGUGGAUCAUUAAGUGAAUGUGUUUAUAACUCUACAGGCGAUUUAUUAAUAUCACGUGACACCAAAGGCUAUUACAAUAUCUUUAAACAACAUCAGCCAAUGAAAUAUAGUUGUAUAUUUAAAUCCAAUGCCCCACAACCUAUUACAGCAAUGGCAUGGAGUUCUAACCAUUUCGCGUUAGCCUUAAUGAAUGGGGAUAUCGAACUAUACACUAUUCGUCCAGUUAUUCAUCUCUGGAAAACCCUCAAAAAUCAUGUAUUCCAAGUCCACGGCUUAUCAUUCUCACCAAAAGGUAAAUACUUAUUUUCUGCCUCUUAUGAAAAACAUUCAAUCCUUUGGGAUGUUGAAACUAGUCAAGUUGUCACCGCUUUCCCCCUUGGCAGUAUUUCAACAUCAAAUGUUGUUUUCUAUAUUGAUAAUUUCAAACAAUUAUCAACAGUCGUUUCAGAUUAUACCGGUAAAAUUCAUAAUUUAAGAAUUUUACAUAACGAAGAAAAUUAUUAUGAUAAUUAA